CUUUUUUUUUUCUAUUUCUUCAUGUCGAAACCUCUUUUAUUAAGCCCACAAACAAUUCCUUUAGCCAAGUCCAUUUUAAAAGUGGAAACAGAUGAAGAAGCAUGUGAACCACAUAAUGUCCGUAUUUUCUUUGAUCAUAUGUCUGCUAUGACGAUAGCACCUGAAGUCGAGAAACAAGACAUGGAAAUCAAUGCCAAUGGCUAUAAAAUCCAUAUCUCGGUACUUCGACCUAUUGGAUCAAAAGAUACUGUGUUGCCUGUCAUUUUGUUCAUACAUGGAGGAGGCUGGAUCUUUGGUUCUUAUACGACACAUCGUGUCUUGACCAAUAAUUUGGUCAACUUAAUGCCUGCCUGUAUUGUCUUUGUACACUACAGUCUUAGUCCCGAGGUAAAAUACCCCACUGCACUUGAGGAGUGCUAUGCUACUCUUUGUUGGGUUCAACAAAACGCAGCAUCUAUCCAUGUUGAUCCACACCGUCUUGUUGUCAUGGGAGACUCUGCCGGUGGCAAUCUCUCUACUUCUUUGACAAUCCUUGCUAAACAACGAGGUAACAAGGGCAUCUCAUACCAAGUCCUGUAUUAUCCUGCACUUGAUAUCAAUUUUGAAUCAGAAUCCUAUAUUCAAAACCAACAUAAUUCAUUUUUGCCUCGUUCUACCAUGUUGGUCGUUUGGGACGCUUAUCUGAAUCAUGCUAAUGAACGUCAUGUAGCUACAGCUGUGCCUAUGUCUAGCCCGAAAGAAGUCUUGGAGGGUUUACCCCCCGCAUUGAUCAUUACAGCUGAAGCGGAUGUCUUAAGAACAGAAGGCGAGUUGUAUGCCAACAAGCUGACGGAGGCAGGUGUGGAGACCAUGUGUGUACGUUAUUUGGGUGUUCGCCAUGGAUUCCUGAGUGCGCCUCAGCUUAGAUCGCAGGCUCAUGCGGCUAUUGCACAAACCAUUGAUGUGUUAAAGAAGCAUUGGAAAGAAGAAUCUACCUCUAGACUUUAAGUGAUGUAUUUAAAUAAACCAGAAGAGUGAAUGAAAACACGACACACUUAAUAUCCCUUUGUGCCUUUUUCA